CCACAAACGGCCAAAAAGCAUUAUUGUACACCUUUAGCUGCUAGCCUCUAGCUUUAACAUGACAUCGUUUAUUAUCAAACCUGCUCAGUUCCGCUGUGUUAUAAGGUCAGGCAGGCUCAUAAGCGAGUAUCGGACAAGGAAAACAUUGUGUUCAUGCAGAAGUUAUGACACUGAAGGAGACAACAGGAUACCCAAAAUAUACACCAAAACUGGAGACAAAGGUUUCUCAAGCACAUUUACAGGAGAAAGGAGGCCAAAGGAAGAUCAUAUUUUUGAAGCCUUAGGAAAUACAGAUGAGCUGUCAUCAGCUAUAGGCUUGGCCAGAGAAUUUUGCCUCGACAAAGGUCACGCAUUCACAUAUCAGCUGGACAAGAUACAGUGCAUUUUACAAGAUGUGGGCUCCAAUAUUGCCACCCCUCGAGCAUCUGCAAGAGAAAGUCACAUAAAGAGAACUAAAUUUACUGCUCAGCCAAUUGCAGACCUGGAAACCUGGAUUGAUACUUUUACAGAACAACUCCCUCCACUGACCAGCUUCAUUUUACCCUCUGGAGGGAAGAGCAGUGCAGCUUUGCACUUGGCUCGGACAGUGUGUCGGAGAGCAGAACGCAGUGUUGCUCCUAUUGUGCGGUCAGGGGAGGCAGAUCCAGAUGUUGCCAAGUUUUUGAACAGAUUGAGCGACUACCUCUUCACCGUGGCCAGAUAUGCAGCCAUGAAAGAAGGCAAUGAGGAGAAAAUCUACAAAAGACCUGAAUGACCAGAUUCUCACAUGUGGAAUAGGACAAAGGCCUAACAGAUAUUUAAUUUUUACUGUAAAUAUAUUAAUACAUAUGAAUGAGGUCGAAAAUUGUUUUCUUAUUGUGAUGCAACUUUCUUUUCAGCAUAAUGUGAGAAUAUAGGCAGUAAUAAACUUAACUGUGACUAAAUCUUAAACCA